ACCCUGACUGAUCUGAUCCCGCCCUGCCACGAGGCCCGGGUACCCCUCAGCGGCGGGGACAUCCAGGUGUCCCUGGAUUUCCAGGACACAGUGCGGGCCGGAAAUAGGAACACAGAGGAGCCCUUCGGGAGGCUCGAGGCAGUCUCUUUCCAGUGGAUAGCGACACACCCUGGUCCCUAAGAUUCUCCCGUUCUCCGAAUUUUCCGUGCUGAACCCGAUCUGUAGCGCGCAAAGUCUCCUGUACUGAGGCGUUCCCAGGGCGCCCGCCUCCCGAGUUUACAUUUCUUAGGCAAAAAGGCGGCGGAGCUGAGGAGGGGUGUUUGGAAGGCGUCGGUUGCGCUGUUCCACUGCGUGGCUUCACUUGGCCCGCGUGCAUCAGCCUCUCUGGCGGGGAUUCUCCGCGGACUCCGGCCAGCGCCAAUCAGGUCGCGCGGUACCUGCCCCCAGCCCUGGCCACCUGGAAGGGCGAUGAGGCUCCACGCCCGGAGCAGGGCAGUCCUCGGAGCGCCGGGGAGACCGCGGAGCCUCACGUGUGCCGCCCCAGCCGCAGGCGCCCGGAAGGACGCGCGCCGACCCCGUGGGAGCCAACGCGGGAGUCGCAGCCGGAGCGGAGCUGCUCAGCCGCGCGUUUUCGCUCUGCUCAAGCUGGAAGCACCUGAGGGACUGAUGCCCUUGGCCAUGACGCACCCCCACCUACUGUCUGCUCAGGCGUAGCCUGCGUGACUGAGCCACCACUGCUCCAGCUGUUUCACUCACACUUGAGAACUCAGAGGAAGAGAGGCGAUCCUUGAUUACAAUUCCUUACGGUCCUACUGGCGAGGGAGACAGAGGAAUGUCACCGUUCCCUUUACUGAACAGUUUGAUGGGGCGCCGGGCGGAUGACAGCGGGAACGGUUGUGAUCACUGGCGGAAUCCUAGCUACGGUGAUCCUCCUCUGCAUCAUUGCUGUCCUGUGCUACUGCAGGCUCCAGUAUUACUGCUGCAAGAAGAGCGGAACCGAGGAUGCAGACGAGGAGGAGGAGCGGGAGCACGACCUUCCCACACAUCCCAGAGGCCCCAGCUGCAAUGCCUGCAGCUCCCAAGCCCUGGACGGCAGAGGCAACCUGGCACCUCUCACCAGCGAGCCCUGCAGCCAGCCCUGCGGGGUGGCCGCGAGCCACUGCACUACCUGCUCCCCAUACAGCUCCCCCUUUUACAUACGGACGGCUGACAUGGUGCCCAAUGGGGGUGGAGGCGAGAGGCUCUCCUUUGCUCCCACAUACUACAAAGAGGGGGGACCCUCAUCCCUCAAAUUGGCAGCACCCCAGAGUUAUCCGGUGACCUGGCCAGGCUCUGGGCGUGAGGCCUUCACCAAUCCAAGGGCUAUUAGUACAGACGUGUAAACCCUUCCACCCCUGACCUCCACACACACCCACACUGCUGCCCUGGCGGGGGCCAUGGGGGCGAUGGAUGACCCUCCAGCAGCCCCACAGGGGCUGUCUCUGUUUCUUUGGCUUUUCUUGCUCCACAGUGGAGGGUUUACUAGGAUUUAAGCUUUUGAGUGCGUUGAGAACCAGGACAGGGCCUGGCUCCUACUCUGUGGCCCAGAGGUGGGGGACUGCUAGGUCAAGUCUGCAGCUUCGCCAGUUUCUUGGUUGGGACACUCCUCUGGCAGCCCUAGCACCACGACAACCCCUCGCAGUGUGCCCCAGUCCCCUGAAUUUGCUGCACUGCAAAAAGGAGCACCGGGGAAAGCUCAGCAAAGGCUCUGGAGCCCUCCAGGGUCCACGGGAGAUGAAGCAUCCCUGCCUAGGAGAAGCGGACAGAGGGCAAGGGGAGAAGUGAGAGCUGCAAUUCCAACAUUGGAGAAGCGAGGGGCGGGGGGGUCAACGGCACUGCUUCAGGAGGAGCUUGCUGAGAUGAAUUCAACAGCUAGUUCACAACCAAGUUUUGUACGUUGGUUACCAUAGCUACUGCUGUCACUGUAGCUGCUCCCGUAGGGACGUUGAUUCCUGAACGUAUCACAUCUCACCUGCCCCCUUCCUCGUGGAACACGUCAAGUUGACUUUAAAGCCUAAGUUGCCUGUGGGGACUGCACCAGAAAGUGACUGUCUAACCUUGUGUUCUCCGAAAUCCUUUCUCUGCCUUAGGAACCAGCGCCCCCUGCUGGAGAAGCUUUUUCACUUUUGUUAGCCGACUUCUAGUAGCUUAGCAAAGAGACCAGCUGACUGUCUCUCGGCCCAGCCCACCACGCCGAGCAGCUUGCGUGGAUGCAGUCCUGUGAGGGUGUGUGCAUGCCCGUUCCCAGGUGU